UUGAAGUGUUUAUGUUAUGAGUUCAUCGUCACCGUAAUCUAUUCUUUUUCAUCAUGUCGAAAUCUUUAGUAGACUUGUGCAUGUUUUGUAUAGCCAACAACCUCGAAAAUAUCAAGCGAGCUGGAUCAUCAUUGUGCAAAAACGACAAAGAACUUCUUCUAGAAUUGCUUUGCGACCAUGAUAUGUUUACAACGAAAAGGCUUCCAUUUGUAACAAAACAGCUUCUUUCACCCAGCUUGACCAACAUUGCUUUUGGUUAUUCAGGUCAAGUGGACGAUGCAUUGCUCCAAAAGUUAGCUCUCUCCCGUUGCAAACUGAGUUCAUUUGUUCUAAAGAAUUGCCCGCAGGUUUCAGAUAAGGGAUUGUCUUCCCUCCUCAAGACACAAACAGAUUUGGAACUUCUACAUCUUAAACUUAGUUCUUAUCAUAGCCAUCUCACUGACAAGUGUUUAUCAACACUGCGGUCUUCAAAAUUAGUAUCAGUCAAAUUAGAUCAUAUUGAUCAGCUGAGCAACAAUGGAAUUAUAACCUUGGCAAAGAACUGUCCAAAUAUUUGUGAACUGAUGCUGCCACGGUGCAAAGGACUUAAUGAUAAUUGUAUUGAGACUGUUACACGUACACUUUUGAAAGGAAAACUGGAAGUACUGGAGCUCUCUGAAAUACAUCUGUUGACAGAUCUUAGCCUGUUUGCCAUUGGUUCUGGUGAUUGUCCCAAGCUCAGAGAACUGCUUCUUGUUGGUUGCAAUAUGAUUUCAGGAGCUGGACUACUACAGGUUACCCAAGGCUGUCCUAACUUGACAAGCCUUGACAUUGGAUACUGCUAUAGAAUUUUGAAUGAUGGCAGAUCAUUGGUGGGAGCAAAUGCAUUCCCCUCUAAUCUGAUGGAAUUGACUUUACAUGGAGUACAAAUGUCCUCAGAAUUACUCAUUGACCUUGUGGAAAAAUUGGAUUAUAUAAAAGAAUUGACUUUGUGUGGGAUGAAGGCUGUGGAUGAUGAUUCUUUAGAGAAAAUUUGUUCAGCAGCAGGACGGAGCUUGAGAUCAUUAGACCUGAGCGGCUGUGCUGUUUUAACAGAUGCUGGACUUUCAGCCAUCAGCAAACAGUGUCUAGCCAUUGAAUCUUUGAAAGUGUCUUUCUGCCCAAAUAUCACAGGCAAGAGCUUGAAGUCUCUUUUCCACUGUCCCAAAAGAGGGCAAGAGUUCAAAGCAUUUGUGGCAAAUGGAUGUAAAAUGUUUUCUGUAGAUGUUAUAACUGAAAUAGCAGCAAGUUGUCCUUCGCUACUUGUUCUGCGGCUUGCAGGCAUGAAGGAUGUAGAUGAUCAGCUCUUGACGGCAGUCGCUGAAAAUUGUCACCAAAUCACCCGUCUCAGUAUUAAAGGCUGUGGCUUGGUUUCUGAUGUUGGUGUAUGUGAGCUAGCACGCAUGUGUCCAUUAGAGGAAGUUGUUGUAUCUGGUGUCUCAGGACUAACAGAUCGGUCUGUUUUUGCUCUCGCAAACUGCUGUGGCUCAACUCUGAAAGAAGUCUAUGCUUCAGGAUGCUCCAUGAUCACUCAAGCAGCAGUCAAUUAUCUGAAGGAUUGUUGUUUGAAGAGAAUAUAUGUUGAACAUCGCAUCCCAAAUGCUGAUCCAGACCAGGUUAUGGCCAAGAAUCUUGACACUGGAGAAUUUUGUCGAGCUGACCUUUUAUUCUCAGGUCCUGUUGUGCAGGACUCAGAUCUACCAGGAAUGUCAACAACAACAACAACAACAGCAACAACAAACUAAAAACACCAAGAGAGCAGUUAUGGUGUUAUGGAGGAU